AGUGGUAAGAGCGUGCGACUUGCAAUCCUGAGGUCGCGGGUUCUAACCCCGGCUCGUACCAAUGAGUUUUUCGAAUCUUAUAUGUACGAAAUAUCAUUUGAUAUUUACCAGUCGCUUUUCGGUGAAGCAAAACACCGUGAGGAAACCGGACUAAUCCCGACAAGGCCUAGUUUACCCUCUGGUUUGGAAGGUCAGAUGGCAGUCGCUUACGUAAAAACUAGUCUUGGCAAAUCUUGGGAUUAGUUGUCAAGCCGACCCUAGGCUCCCAUGAGCCGUGGCAAUAAUGCCGGGACAACACGAGGAAGAACAAGAAGAAGAAUAGCGAGUAUUUUUGAAAUAUUUAGUACCUAAAAUAUGAUAUCGGACAAGGAGUAUAUUUUAGGCCACUUUAUAUUUUAAUUUAAUAGAGUCAACAGUAAUUUAGACAUGUAUAGUCUUCAGCCUCUUAUCAAAAUUUUUCUUCUUGCAGAUAAAAUAUGGAGUGGGUUCUCAGGAGUUCGCAGUUCUAUAGCACAUUCAGCAAUCUUGGCUUUAUGCACGCUGGUGGAUAUCAUGUAAAUGAUAAUUGUAAUGCUGCCCUAGAAACUAUUUUAUACAAUAUUAUAACUGAAGACAAGUAUCUACGGACAUACCGCAGGAACAUCAGUUUCGGGCAAAAUAUAAAAAAAGACUCAAUACCUCUUUUGAUACACGCUAAGGAAGAGAAAACUAUAGAAUUACUAGUGAGAAUACUAGUCAAUUUGUCAAUACCCAUAGAGUGCUUGCUAUCAGUUGAAGUAACAUCGCAAUCAGAUAUUGGUUCGCAUAUAGUAUUUGAAAUAAACCAGUUACUGACCGCCGCAAAAGUGGCCUUUACUGGUCCGCAAGCAACAAAAGUAGUCGUAGACUUUUUAAAGAAAAAUGUGGAUCCUGAUCAACCAAAAGUGUCACCGGAACAAUGUACAAAUAUAAAUGACGGUCUUUUGUUAUUGAGAAACAUACUGCAUAUUCCAGAGGACGUGAAAAGUCCUAUUUCAGGCAACAAUGGAUCUGAUCACGCCGUGCAAAAUCAGAUUCUUUGGAAUAUAUUUAGCCAAGGCGUUGAUAAAGUACUGAUUAAGCUAAUGAUUAUACCGGAAGCGACUAAUUGGGGAGUAACAAUGGUACAACUUGUAGCACUGAUGUAUAAAGAUCAGCGUGUUGUUACAUUGCACAAACUUCUCAAUAUGUGGCUGGAGUCUUGUAACUCAGAGAGUUCAGAAGACAAUGAAAGUAACACUUUUCCACCGGAUAAAGGUAGUGCAGAUUCGUCACUUAUGCUGACAUCAGAUCCGACGUCAGAUUCGUCAGAUCUGAUUGGUACCAAAAAAAGUAACGAUGAACCAAAUUCGGAGACCAAUGGGUGGGGAACUUCCGAAAACAAUACAAUGAAAGAUGUGAAUCAACAGUUUCAACCUCCGUUACCUGAUGACAAUGACAUUCACAUGAGGGACCAAGGUGCAUCGACUGGCGAUGAAAACAUGAAGUUUGAUACUGAUAGUGAAGAAAAAGUGAUGUCAGUAGAUUUACUAAUCGAGACAAGUAAUAAUCAACAGCCAGCAAAGGCUGAGAAGAAGUGGAAUGGGCUAAUAUUUGAAUUAAAAAAUCAAGGGUCAAUUUCUACUUCAAGCAACGAUGACGAGAUAUCUUUAAUAAAACCAGUUCAUCGAAAACCACACAAUCCUAAACAAAGAGUGAACACCAAGGCACGGAUUGGUGUUACAUUACAAGAGAGAAAGCAUAAAAAGAUAACUAAAAGGGGUAAAGCGAACAUCAUAAACGUACAAGGGCUCACUCGUCAAGCUCCAACAGAUGAUGACAUAUCCUAUGUACUUAAAGAAUUUACUGUUGACUUUUUACUCAAAGGUUACAAAUCUUUGGUACAAACACUCCAUGGUCAAAUUCUCACAAACGUAUUAUUGGAAAUCGAUACGUCACAUUUUUUCUGGUUAUUGACUUAUUUUCUAAAGUUUGCUACCCAAAUUGAGGUGGAUUUAGUAGAAAUUUCCGAUGUAUUAUCAUUUGAUAUAGUAUCGUAUUUGACCGCUGAGGGUGUCAAUUUAUGUGAACAAUUUGAACUGGCUGUUAAGCUAGACAGAAAUAACUUGAAGAUAAUUAGCCGGCCUCUUCAUCUGGUUGUUACAGCCAUCAGAGAGUUUGUAAAAGCUAUUGAAGCGUACAAAAAGUUUCCGCAUAUUUGUACCGGUGAUAAAGACGGCCUUAUAAAAUUACAAAACAAAAUGUGUGAAACCGAUGAAUUGAGGUCACUUUUAGUGCUGCUGUUGCGUCACUACAAUCCGAAAUACCAUUCCAAACAGUAUUUACAGGACCUCGCUGUAACAAACCACAUACUGCUGACAUUUUUGGAUAGCGCCAUAAAAAACCCAGACUACACCGGUUCUACCAACAUUGUAGAACAUAUUAAACAGUUCGCUACCCCUGAAAUAAUGUACCAAUACGGGCUAUUGCUAGAAGACUACGCGGUGAACGGGGAGUUCAUCAACGACUGCGUGUUCACGAUCAUGCACCACGUGGGAGGGGACCUAGACAGUUUGAGCAGUUUAUAUCAACCUAGGAUAUUGAAGACUUUCACUGAUAUUUGGAAGUCUGAAUUUGAAGUUUGCGACGAUUGGUCUGAUUUAAUACAAUACGUGAUAAACACAUUCACAAAGAAGCCGCAUGCGCUGUCAACGAUUGACAACUUUAGAAUGGAUACAAAGAAAAAUCUCCAGCCUGCGGCCAAAGGGGGGAAGAAAAAGUCUGUACGUAGCAGUGCGAGUCGGUCAUCUAAAGCAAGGUGGACUGAAGAUGAACUGUUAGCUUUAAAUUGGAGUUAUCUGCAAUGCAACGCUCAUGCGGAUGUCAUCGGCGAAAUAUUAAGAUGCCUUAAACAACGCGGCACAGUUAAGUCUAGCGAUUCUGUGAUCAGAGAAUUAUACAAGCAAAAUAUUAUAAACAAAGAGAAAUAUGAAAAACUGUCCAAGUCUGAAGUUAAGAGCGAUAAGAUGAACAAAGAAAUAAGGAAUGUCGAGAUCGGAAAUCUUUGUGAGCAACUAAGACAAGACGGAAAAACGAAAUGUAUUGACUGGGUCCAAAAAGUUUUACUUGAAACUUGUUACGCAAAAUUGCAAAUUGAGAAGUGGUACCGUAGCGAAUGCGGCACGACCGCGGAUCAAACGGGUAUUCAUCAGUUCAAAUUGUUUAAACAAGGGUUCAAUCCGCCAGUGAUGUCGCCUGUGUCCUAUCACGCUCUACUUCUUAAUCAGUCUGUGCCCCUGGUACCGUGGAAUUGUGAACAAGCUGCCAUGUGCAAGGAUUUAAAGUUUUUGCAACUGCUACAUAAAUUGGGGUUCCAAAUGCCGGUUGACGCCGGCAAAGUAUUCAUAAGGAUACCGCAGGUCUGGUCAGCUGAGGUCUUGUACGAAGUGGCUGGCAGAGUUGCUGUUAUUGACACAACAAAACUGAAAUUCUCCAUCGCCGAUAUAACUAAUAGCGGGUCUAAGAGCGCUGUGCAGCAGUGCAACCCGCCGCUGUCGACGACCACCAAGGACGCCACACCGACAAACUCUGCGCCAGAUUACACCUAUCAGAUGCACAAACAGAAACACAUCGCUGCUAUGAUGAAUUUUACGCCUAGGCCAGGUUCAUCGUUCAACACGGAUGUUCAAAACGAAAGCAAACGCAGUUGGCUGGCAGUUGUGCAACAGUCUCAAGAGCUUAAAUUGACUUGUAUCGUGGGAAGAUUAAGUGUCCUGCAAGACGUGGGGGAUCUAACGAAGUCGAAGGUGCCGGCGACGGUGCAGCGAGCGGCAUCCGCGCCCGUCCUGCCAGUGCCGUUCGCGCCGGUCCUGCGAGCGGCGCCUGCGCCUGUCCUGCCAGCGGCGUCCGCGCUCGUCCUGCCAGCUGCGUCCGCGCCCAUCCUGCCCGCGGCGUCCACGUCCGUUCUGCUCGAGAUUAUGCCUCCCGAGGACUUCAUCACUCAGCUGUCGGAGGUCAAGGAUAACAACAGCGACAGCGAAACGGAAUCGGUCGCAUCAGAACUAAUCCGCAUGUACGUUUCGGACGAAGAGGAAAACUUGGAGAUAGCGCUUCAGCCGAGCGUCACAGCGAACGCCAUCUGCGAUGGCCAGGUCGAAGUCGAAGCCGGUUGCGCCGGCCGCCCGGUUUUCCGGCGAGCGUACCGGGGUCGACGCUCCAUGUUUCUGAAGAAAGCCUAACGCAAUUUUCAUAUUAUAUUCUGAAGUAUGAAUAGAUAUUGGCUAUGUGCAUGAUAUUCACGCCAGCUGGCGCUUAUCGUGACCCAUCAACUAUUUGACAGCCUUUUAACAGAUUUGGCGAUACAUAUUUUGUAUUCAAAUUCAUAUUUAUUUAUUCAUAAGAUUAAAUAAAAAAAACAUUUCAAAGGGGUAAUAUUAAUGAUUAGGUCGAUGUCAAUUAAAUUACAGAUUUAGGUUUCAGUUUAAUUUA